CACUGUGUCUGGCCUUUUCCGAUAAGCCCGGUCAUUUGUUCAAAUGGAGAACAACAUCAACAACAACAACCCUUCUUCUUCACAAGCACUUUGAGUUUAACUCACCCUUGUGCUUGUCUCUCUCUGUCUGUAUCUCUCUCUCUCUCUCUCUAUAUAUAUAUGUUUAGUGUUUUACCUUUUAGACUCACACUUGUCUCUCUCUAGAAAUCACGCAAUUCUCAUAUAACCGGAUUUUUCUUUCCAUUCAUCACCCACCAAACUACCAACUCUCUCUAUCUCUUACCACAACUCAAUGUUUCUUUUUGCCAAGAGAGAAAUACAAACAAACUGUGCUAUUGAGAGUUGAGACAUAAGAAAAGACCAUUUGGGAAAUUCAACAAACUCCUGAAAUCAGGCAACAAAAUAAGUUUGUUUCAAUAAUAAGGGAACUCCAGAGACACAGAUCUUGCCUGGAGUUGAGUGAAUCUGCACCCUUCCGAUAAUCAAAGGGCUUAUUUAGAGCCACACAUCAUCCUUGAAAAUUUCUUCCCAGCCAAUUUGGCGCCAAAUGUUGGACCUUUCUACAUGACUAUGCAACCACGUUGAAGGAAGCCACAGUUGUCUCAUAUUUUCAUCAUCUGCUGGGUGUGGUUUUGCAAGGAAGGGUAAGAGAGAGGGUGUUGAGACCUAGUUCAGUGUUCUGCAACUGCAAAAAGCUAAACAAGGGCCUCCUGAUUUGGACCGUGAUAUAUCAGAGCAUUAAAAAAAGGCCUUUUUAUCACUACACAACCAAAGCAGUCUCUGAAUUAUCAUCAUCAUCAAUGCAAAGGACAUAGUAGCCAACCCCACACUUUCACUCUUCUCUCUCUUUACAAGUGUAACAUAACAAACAUAAAGAGAAAGACAAAAGUGUGUGUUUUGUGCAAGGCAUGAUUGUGGUAUGGAGGAGGAGGAUGAGAUUCAAGCACAGAAGGUGAGAAGAAGAAGAGGCAGUGAUGGAGAGAGCACGAACAGGUUCCACAGCAGCUGGCACCACCACCACCACCACUCUUCGAGGAUCAUAAGGGUGUCUCGUGCAUCUGGUGGCAAAGACAGGCACAGCAAAGUGAUGACUUCAAAAGGGUUGAGAGAUAGAAGGGUUAGGCUUUCUGUGACCACUGCCAUUCAGUUCUAUGACCUUCAAGAUCGCUUGGGUUAUGACCAACCUAGUAAAGCUGUGGAAUGGCUUAUCAAAUCUGCUUCUGAUUCCAUUUCUGAACUUCCUUCUUUGAACAAUUUCCCUGACACCCCCAAAAGUGAUGAUCAUGAGAAGAGAGCAAACACUGAUGUUGCUGCUGGGGCAGUAGAUGGUGAGAAUUAUGAAAAUGAGAAUGGCAAUAACAAUAACCAGAGUCAGAACAUGUCUUUGUCUAAAUCUGGUUGUAGUAGCACUUCUGAGACAAGCAAAGGUUCUGGCUUGUCCCUCUCAAGGUCUGAUAUUCGUGUGAAGGCUAGAGAGAGGGCAAGGGAGAGAACAACAAAGGAAAAGGAGAAAGAGAAAAAUGAGUCUCAUCAUCAUCACAGCAAUGUUGUUGUUCCUCAUCAUCGUCAUCAUCAUCAUCAUAACCCCGUUUCACAAACAGCUUCUUUCACUGAGCUUCUCACUGGUGGGAUUCCCAAAGGGUGUGAUGAUGAGGAGCCUAAUAACAUGAUGAUGUUCAACAAAGCAGCUGCAGCAGCAUCAUCUGGUAGACAGCAAUGGUGUUCAUCAUCAUCAGCAGCAGCAGCAGCACCUAUGGACUACUUUCUGGGGCCUUCCUCUUCUAGAACAACAACAACACCACCACACAAUCACCAUCACCAUCAUCAUCAAUAUUCUUCUUCUGGUGGGUUCUCAUUGGCACAAAUCCAACUAGGACAUUCUCUUCCUGAGGCAAUGAAUCACAAUGUUUCAGCAUUCAACAAUAAUGUGAGUGGUGAGAACCAAAACCACUCAUCAUCAGAUCCUCAUCUGCAACAGCAGCAACACUUCUCAUUCAUACCGGAUCAUCUUAUGUCAGCUGUGGUUACUUCUUCUUCUCAUCAUCAACCUAGCGGGAGCGACUACAAUCUGAACUUCACCAUGUCUUCGGGCCUCGCUGGUUACAAUAGGGGGACCCUUCAGUCCAAUUCUCCGUCUCUUUUGCCUCACUUGCAGAGGUUUUCGCCUCUAGACGGAUCCACUGUACCUUUCUUCAUUGGAGCUGCUCCUUCUGCUGCAGUUGCUGCUCCUGCCAUGGAGAACAACACCACCACCACCAACAACCAUCACCACCAUCAGUUCUCAUCUGGUUUCGAUGGCAGCCGCUUGCAACUCUACUAUGGGCAUUCUGACCAGAAGGGGAAAGCCAAAAACUGAUGUUUGGAUUGCUACAUUUCCUCCUGGACUUGAAAAUUAAAGUACUAGCAGCAAGUUGUGUCCUAAAGCUUGCUUUUGCCAAAAGGGAUGAGCCGGCGUUGUCAAGUGUUGGUAUUUCUUGUUGGAUCAUUUGAAGUCAUUCAAUUACAUUUAGUAUUUGGAUAUAUAUAUAUAUAUAUAUAUAUAUAUAUUGAUCUAUGCGUGUGAAAUCAUUGUGUUUUUGGAUAAAUGUAAAAGCUACUUGAUUCAAGAUAUUCUUUUACUUUCUGCAAUUAUUUUGAUAUUGUUGUCUAUACUAUAAAUGGAGAAAAGAGUUGUUCAUCAGCACA